CGCAUCUUUGGUCCACUCUCCCUUCAGCAACGACCUUCCCAACAACAGUCACCAUCAUCAUCAGCAGCAGAGCACGGGAACAAAAAAGCCACGACAACACGUACCAGCACAAAGCAGAAAGGACAACAAAGGCAACCUCCAAGCAAGCAAGCAAGCAAGCAAGCAAACAAGAAGGAAUCGAAGGGACCCAGUGCACCAGAGCGUACAACGGCGCCAUGUCAGACGAGUCGUCUGGGUGCUGGAACUUUGUGUUUGCGCGACGCGCAAGGCGAACAAGGCGCCAGCAGCAGCAACGCCGCCGCCACCACGCACCAUCUUCCCGCCAACCGCAACCACCCCAGCAAGAUCAGCAGCGCAGCCGCAGCAAUGUGUCCUUGAUGGCCCGGCUGUUUGGGCGCACGCGCCGCCGCGUAUCGCCACCACCACCAUCAUCUUCAUCUUCGACAACGAACGUGGCAACCGCCUCCGACGUCGACACACACGCGCAGCGUGAGCCAAACGAAGCAGGGCAACCACGCCUGGGCACUGCACGCCCGUCGUUCAUGCCGGCGCCAACAGCACCGCCAUAUUCGGACUCGUGGGCCCACAGCCCGUACAACCGCCCACCAUCACGCACCAGCGCCGACGCAACCGCACACACGGACAGCGACGGCCUCGCCACGACAGCGAUGAUGGCGGGCACAGCGACACCGCCCGCAUCGCUGCAGGAGCUGUGGCCGCCAAACCGCCGCACGCAGGACUUUACCGGCGACACCAUCGACGUGCCACUCCCGGGCGAACACACAGUCCGUCGUGGUGGUGGUGGUGGCACGCGCAGCCGGAGUCGUCUCAGCAGCAGCGGCGAUGGUGGUGGCGAUGGUGAGGAGAAUGCCACGCGGAUUGAAAUCAAUUUCCCGGACGUCCUCCGCUCGCACCCGGGACAGAACCCUGCGGAGGCGCUCCGACAGCACAUUGUCGAAGCGAUUGCGCUGGCGCUGCUCAACCAACAGGAGCUGCACAACGCCAGAUUCGAGGCAAAGCGCGUCGAACUCAAACUCGAGGCUGCGAUGCUGCAGUGGCGGCUGGCGCAGCUUGAGCACCGAUACGACACGCUGCGAGCCAUUGACCUGCUGAUGAAGGAGACCAACACCACCGCCAGCGCGCGCCCGCAGCCACAGCGCAUGGCGGAGCUUGAGGAACAACUGGUGCUGCUUCGACACCUGCACGGCAUCGCUGUGUUGGAGGAGCAGCUGGUGGUCGCGCGGUAUCAGAGCGACGGCAGCGAGACGCGCCGUAUCCAGGACCAGCUCAAGCCAAUCAUGGUUGUGCUUGACCUGGCGCAGCGCGGGAUUGUGACGGAGCAGCACAAGCAGGUGGAGCGGGAGCGGUUCUCGGACCGCCUGCAGGGCACCCUCGACUGCACCCCGGCCCCGACGAACAUCGACCAGCUCGAGACAGAACUGCGCUGUCAGCGGUUUUACGUCGCCUGUCUCGAGAAGCGCGGAUCGGGAAAGCUGCCAAUCCGCGUGCACCGUGCGGAUGUGUACUCGAACUUCAAGGAGCUGGCGCGCACCAAGCCCGCAUCAGACCUCAAGUCGCGCCUCAGCGUCGCGUUUGCCGACGAGGAGGGCCAGGACUUUGGCGGCGUGAGUCGCGAGUGGUUUGGGCUCCUUGGCCACGACUGCCUGCGUGCCGGGCUGGCGUGUGGCGCGUUGAAGCAGGUUGGAGGCGGUGGCGGCGGUCUGGUGCAGUUCAUGCCAAACCCGACCCCCUCUGCUGAUGUGCUCGACUAUGCGUUGACGCUCGGGCGCGUGGUUGGUCUCGCUCUCUUCCACCGCAAGACCGUCGGCAUCCGAUUCACAGAACCCUUCAUCAAGCAGGCGCUGCUUGGUGCUGACGUGGAGUUGAGCGAUUUGCAGAGCGUCGACAAGGAAUACCACAAGAACCUGCAGCAGCUGCUUGAGAAUCCAGGCGCAGAGGACCUGUGUCUCGACUUUACAAUGACCAACGAGAUGCAGGAUGGAACAGUCGUCGUCUCAAACAUCAUCGAUCGCGGCAAUGAGGUUGACGUGACGGACAGCAACAAGCGGGAGUACGUCGACCGCCUCCUCCGCUUCCAAUACAAGGACGGCGUCAGGCAGCAAAACGCAGCGUUCUUCCGCGGCUUCACAGAGUUCAUCCCAGCGUCGUCUGUGCGGCAGUUCUCUGCCGGGGAGGUGAUAUCGCUGAUUGCGGGCAGCAGCACCAUCGACGUGGACAACUGGCGCGAGGAGACGGUGUACGAGGAGUACGACAAGGACUCGCAGAUCGUGCAGUGGUUCUGGGAGAUUGUGGCGGACAUGAGUGAUGAGCAGCGCAACGACUUGCUCCGUUUCUCCACGGGCUGCUCGCACAUUCCAAUUGAGGGCUUCAAGGGGCUCCAGGGCACGCACGGCACGAACAAGUUCACCAUCGCAAAGGCGGGCGACACGCGGUACUUGCCUGUCGCACACACGUGCGUGAACCGGAUGGACAUUCCGGAAUACUCAACCAAGGAGGAGCUCAAAUCCAAACUUGAAACGGCAAUCAGCGAGACUGAAGGGUUUGCCAUCGUGUAAGCCACGAUGGAUGAUGAUGGAUGGACGGAUGUGAUGAUGGAUGGUGGUGGUGAUGACUGUUAUUUCGAGGUGAUUAUUCGAUCGGGUGUGCGUGUGUUUGCAAGUGUGCUUUGUAGUUAUGUUAACGGCGUUGGUCUUUCUCUUUGCAGCCAUUGUGCGCCUUUGUCUUCUCUAUUCGAACAGCAGUAAACGGAUAGUUCUUGCGAGCACACAAGAACGCAGCGCA